CGAGAGACUAAAAAUAGUUCAAUACAUGUAUAAAUAUGAAUAUAUAUACAUAUUUAUAAAGCCACAGUACUGAAGUCUUGCGUAAUACAUUUUCCCGAAUAUCACACUGACAGUAGACAACUCAGUGAUACUUCUUUAUCCCUGUAUUAUUUAAUUUACCAUUUCGUGAAUCAAAUUUAUUACAUUAUACAGUGACUUUUUGAAAUGAAGUUUCCCUGUCAGCUAAUAAUGAUUUUCGUGAACACCCUACUACUGCUUUUCUCCCUAGUAUACGUUGUUAUCGGUGCACUGUUCACUUGGUCUAAACCAACAGGCUUAAAAAUUGUCUCCGGUUUUGUUCAACUUCUUCAACAACAUGUCAAAAUUGAUCAAAGUUAUCUGGACAAUCUAGCAAAGUACAUCAUAAACUUUACUUCUAAAUUCAGUUACAUCAUAUUUAUUCUGGGCACUUUAUUACUGGUAAUAUCUCUGUUGGGAAUAUUCGGAGCUAUUGGUCUAUAUAAAUGUUUAAUUAUCACAUAUUUGACCGUGUUGAUUAUUGCCAUUGUCCUUCAGUUUAUUAUGAUUGUUAUCUACUUUGGAAAUAAAGAUUUACCUAAAAGACAUAUUAGAGAUCAACUGUCCAAUGCUGUUAAUAACUAUGUCUCACUGGAGAGUGAAGGAGACAGUAGCCUAUUUCUUGGCAUUGUAAUGCCUGUUCUACACUGCUGUGGAUAUGAAAGCGGUGAAGACUUUAAAAAUUCGGGUCGCUUCUCAUCAACUGAUGUUUACGACAAAAUAAAAUUUGUUGAUUUGAAGUAUCCUAUACCGUGCUGCAAAAUGACGGAGAGUUUCGCCCUUGAAGAUCAAUCUUGUCCUAAAUCAUUCACUAAAGAUAACAGUUACAUUCAGGAUGGUUGUAAGGAGAAAUUUGAACAAUACAUCUUGAAGUAUUUAGAUGUAGUAUGCUAUGUAACUAUCGUAUUAAUUAUUUUCGAGGUCUUUUUGAUUGUAUGUUGUGCUGCAUUGUUAGCAUAGCCGUACCUUAUGUCACCACAAGCAAACAAAUAACCAGAUUCACAAUGAAGAUGUAAUUUUCCCUCUUUUGACAUAAAAUAUAUUUUAUGGAUAAAUGAACGUAUAUACAACUGUCAGCUAGUUAAUUAGUAAAGCAAGCGAAGGCGAAAUGAGGUAAUUCCCUUCCCUCAGAAAAUUCUUCUUCUUUCUGUUGUAAAUUCUCAUACUCAAUCUCUAGAUUCGUGUAUCCCGAUCAUUUCUACCUCUAUUUUUGUUACGAUUAUUUGUCUAUUAUACUUCUAUUUAUUUAUAUAUUUAUGUACUUAUAAAUUCGUACAUUUUCGUUUGUUUCUUAUUAUUCUUGAAGACAAAACUCUCAAGGUCAUCUGCAUUCCCUUUUGGUUUGAUUGUCAUCUGAAAUACUCUCUAUGAUUAAUUGAGCGGUUGUCAUGACAUUUUGCUUUAUUCUGGCUGUUGCCUUACUUUCAAAAGAAAUUCUCUCACACUGGCCAUGAAAUAUGUGACUUUAAAUAUGAUUUCUCCUGAAAAGUUUAACCAAUUUUGUAAAAUGUUGAACUAAGCGAAAGUUAAUCUCUUUUCCGGUGAACUGUAUUAUAA